GGAAUCGUUGUGUUGUAUUAUUAAUAUUGUAUCACAUACUGCUGCUCGCACUUCCUCAGAACCCCUUCAGGAUAAGCGCAUACUUAUGAAAGGCUAAACGUUAAGAGUGCAUCAAAUGCGCUGAUUGAUAUGUCAGCCUCUUUUAGUGUACUCUUCCCCAAAUCUAUUAAUUAUUAAGGCAAUCUCGGCCAUCAAAUCGAAUUGAGGAAUACAAUAAGUAAUGUCCAAACAUUUUACUCCCUUUUCCAAGUUACCUUCGCUUUGUCCAAAGAUGUCUUCAGACGAUACGUUUAAAAACAGAAGCCAAGACAUUCUCCCGUAUGUAAAUGGAGUUUUUAUUGAGCCAGGAGUGAAGGAUAGCAUAAACAAAAUACAAGUUGGUUCACUAGAUCUCUCUGUAUUCAGCUGUCAGUCGAUAAACCCAGAAGCUAUCAAGCUUGCAGAGAGUUUCGAGUAUGAUCCAAAGUCUUUGGAAAGUUUCCUGAAAAGGCUUAUAAGUUCUCUUGAAGCUAACAUGUCUCGGUUGCUUGAAUGCGUCUUUGCUUCACUUGAAUUCGAAUCCAGGGACUUCUUUGGUGAAGUAAUUCGAGAAGUUGUCAAAAAAAUGCAAGAGUUUACUCAUUUCUACUCUGUGGAUAAAGACUACUUUUUUUAUCCCGACCACUUAAUUGAAAAAGACGAUUGUGAUUUUCUCUUCCAUUUAACAUUCAUUCUUCGUUAUUUAUGCUGUCCUGUUUAUCGCGGAAAAUCUCAUGGUUUAGUUGUUACGUGCAAGUCGUUACGGCUAAUGGUCCCGUUGACUAUAUUAACCCGUAUUAUUCAUGAAUCUGUCCCUCCAAACAAACUAUUUAGUUUUCUACCCAUCUUUUGCAAAAGCACAGAAAGUUAUUGUAAUGGUCGAAGCAUAGCAAUGAUUUACCAAUCAUCUGACAUAGACUCAGCUGCUAGGUACUGUGUAUCAUCAUUACAAAAUUCUCUGGGUACUGGAAUAGGCCACUCACCCCUCAUUUUAGUUGAGGAAUCCAUAUACAGACGUUUUAUUAAUCGUAUGGACAGCCUUAUUAAUGUAAACACCGCUUCAGAAGAGUUAGAGAAUUACGAAAAAUCAGAAUAUCCACCAUUCUGCACUAAUUAUACUCAUGAAGUAAAAUCUUAUGCAGACUCUGUUGGUGCCAAAAUUCUUUGCCGUAAUCAGAAAAUGCCACACUCCCCAAUUAUUGUUUAUGAUAUUACUCCAUCAUCCGUCAAAUUUAGUAGAAGGAGCGGUCCAGUUGCCUUUGUUCUAUGCUUUCGUACUGUUAAAGAAAGUGUGUCUUUAUUGACAUAUUUUAUCGACCAUUUCAAUAAUCAUAAAUCUAAUGAAGUUAGUCCGUUGAGCUAUGAAUUUGCGAUAAAUAUAUGGCAAACAGAUUCAAAUAUCGUAUGGCAACUUUUCCAGAUGUUAUUGCUAUCAGGUGUGGACAACGUUUUUGUAAAUGCUUCUAGUCGCCAACUGGCUGCAACAAUGUACACAAGGCUUUUCGAAGUAAAUGGAUCAUCAUGUUUUCCAAAUGAGGUAUCAAAAACGAACAACAAUGGAACGCUAUAUAAGACAUUAAGUACAGUCAUCUCUACUGCUCGUGCUGCCCAAGCUAGUUCAAUGACCAAAGGUUAUGAAUUAAUCCAAAGUGAGGUGCUUGAAAAUAAAACCUUAGCUGGUUUUUCAAUUGAAGAAGAUGCCUUCAAAUACUUCAUGUGUUACAAUAGUAAGCUUUUGGGAGGUCCAGGGAUACUUUUCCUUACUGGAAAAAGACAAGACACACUCCUUAUUCCAGUCGCUCAUCUUUGCAUAAAACCAAGUGGACCAAUCGUGCUCGUAAUAGACUGUAAGCUACUAUCCGAACCUAAAAAUCGUACUUUCGUUUUGAAACUUGUAUUUUUUAUUUUAUUCGCAGGUAAUGCUGUUGUGUUACUUAUGACAAAUAAUGACUUCGUCGAUGGAAAAAAUAACCUUUUAGAUGUCAUCAAAACAAUUCAAAAGAGGUUGAGUGUUACUUCUUUGAUAGCUGUUCAUGAAUGUAAUUGUCCUAUGACAGAAAUCAAUAGUAUCUUAUCUAAUUUGUGUGAACCUUUAACAGUUGUAAAUUUGGAUUGUGUUGAUGUUUUUACUGAAGACCUACCUAAUUAUAUUUCUUAUUUAUUUUGCUUAUCUAAGCCUGUAACUUUGUAUUGGUCUACAGGUUGUAAUGUUUUUUCUUAAUUUGUAUACAUCAAUACAUUUGUUAUUAUGAAG